AUGGGCGUCGCUUCCUUCCUGCCGACCGACCUGUUGCAGCGGCGGGUGAACAGAGAAGAGAAGAGAAGAGAGGGAGUCCACGGGCUGGGGCAGCGGGGAGAGGAGAGAGAGAGCAGAGAGAGAGGGGCGACUCGGGGCCACUGUGGGGAGCGACGACAGCAGAUUGACAUCGCUCCUCCAAUGUCUUCGAUGAUGGAGCUCCUGGAAAGGUGUGAUGAUUCGCAGCUGCUGGAUUUGACAAAUCAUUACCGCCAGAGGCUGGAAGAGGCGAUUCAAGAGGCGUUGGAGAAUGUCGUCUUCGUUCUAGCAUACGAGAGAUAUUUCAGUGAGCAAGAGUACAAGGUAGGGAGAGGAUUGGAUGAGUGGGUAACUUCAGCCGAUACUGAAAUGUUUUCCUGCACAAAUAUUGUGGGCCGAAGGGUCCAUUCUUGUGCUGUGCUGCUCUCUGUAAUUACAACUCAGUACGGCGCAGUCACAAAGAAUAUCCCGCACAGCAGUGGUGAUCCACAAACUGGAGGGUGCAGGCUUGAGGGGAGAUGGGUGAAAUGUAGGUGGGAUCUGGGGACAACAGGUUUACUUGGAGAGCAGCCCAUAUCUGGAACACAAUGCCAGAGGAAGCUGGAAAAGCGGAUAACAUUAGGGAUUUCAAAGUACAUUCAGACUGAUGAGUGGAUAGGAGGGGCUUACGGGGCUAUGGGCCAAAUGCAGGCAAAUGGCCCUGACUUACAAUUGCAACAUGGUUGGCAUGGACAAUGUGGGCUGAAUGGCCUGUCUCCCUGUGUAUACUGCGAUAUCACUCUACCACUUAAGGCACUGUGACUCCAGUAAAUCCAUCGCCAAGGUUGGCCGAGGGUUCUGUUUCCGUGUUGUACAGCUCUAUAACUACUUGUCCCCACGGCUCUUCACAGCAAGUCAUCAAACGCACAAAGAGAGGAAGCCGUGCGGCCGGUUCCACACUUCUCCUCAACCUGGUGACUGAGAAAGAGCCGCAGGUCCGUAAACUGAUAUGGAAAUGCUUCGUGAAAAUGCAACACCUGCUCCCCAAACUGGAGGAGUUGCUGAAAGCAGUGGGGGAAGAAGGUACAGGACAUGUUUCUACAGAGAAUUUGUCCUUUUUGUCAAAAUGCAACUCAAACUCAUUCCAUGAAAUUAUUCCAACAGGUUCUGAUCUGAUCGAAUCGUUCAAAGCCAUGAAGGUUUCCUUGGAACUACCUGCUCAUCUGAAAGGUAUUCAAUUGCAUGUUUUGGCCAACUGCGGAUACGCUGUCCAUCGAUCAGCCCUUCCUAUUUAUCCCAUCUUUAUAUCCACUCCUUGCAGACUAGGGACAAUUUACAGAUGUCCAAUUAAUCAACAUCUUUGCGAUGAGGGAGGAAUGUAAAGGACUCGGAAAUAACCCUCGCGGUUACAGGGAGAAUUCCAUUUCAAGCCGAGUGCAGGCCACAAAUCCAAUUGCAUAGCAUUUCAAGCAGAGCGCAGGCCAGCAAAUCUAAUUGCAUAUCAUUUCAAGCAGAGUGAAGGCCAGCAAAUCCAAUUUCAUAGCAUUUCAUGCAGAGUGCAGGCCAGCAAAUACAUUUCAUAGCAUUUCAACCUCCUAACAAAUCAUUUAUUCCAAGUACAUUACAGACUCACAGUUCAGUUGAUUCACAGCUUAGAAUCACAGUCAUGGACUCUCCCUUGCGAUCUUCCAUCGUGACUGACUCAAGUCCAGGCAUCCUGGGUUUUAUAAUAAAUAAUAAUAAUAAUAAUUUUAUUUAUAGAGCACUUUAAAAACAAUCAUAGUUGCAACAAAGUGCUGUACAUCACUAAUCAUUGACAAAAAAGUGAAUACACACCAAUAAUAACAAUCAAAAGAAAUAGUAGGAAAAGACA